UAUGGAUUGUACCCUGCAACAUUAUGGGAAUUGUGGCAUGUGUUUUGGGGGGUUUCUUAAAUCCCUAAAGCAUAAAGGAUAAGAAGAAGCUUCAUUUGAGACAGAGGACUCGGGGGUCGGAGCAUCGUUGCAGAGGCCUUGAAGAUGGCUUGGCCAGACACAAUUGUGCUCACGGUGGCAGCAGUACUGCUGGGCUUGGGAAAGGGGAGCUUGGGAAAGGAGAAGGAUAGUUCACGGAUGAGAUUCACGCAUCAUCUCUACAACGCCUCCAUUUAUGAAAAUUCAGCCCCACAGACGUACAUCGAGAGUCACGUGAAGAUGGGUAUCGUCAUGACAGAUCCCUUUUGGGACAUCAAGUUCAGCCUCGUUGCCGGUGACGAUGAUAAUCUUUUCAAAACCGAAGAGGUCAGAGUCGGAGAUUUCUGCUUCUUAAGAAUAAAAACACGGAGCAGCAACUCUGCGUCGCUGAACAGGGAGGUGAAAGACAGCUACACACUCACUAUAGAGGCCACAGAGAGCGUGUAUGAUUUCCAGUCGAGAACAAAGGUAUCCAUUCAAGUGCUGGAUACCAAUGAUUUGAAGCCUCUCUUUUAUCCAGCCUCUUACAAUGUGACCAUUAGGGAAGACUCUCCACUCAAGUCAGUUGUGGUCAGGGUCAGUGCGACAGACGCUGAUGUUGGCAGCAACUCUGAGUUCUACUACUCCUUCACCAGUAGAGCACAUCCAUAUUCCAUAGAUCCAUUCACUGGAACCGUCAGCCUCAUCAAGAGAUUAAACUACAGCCGGGCUGAUAGAUAUGAUCUCACAGUUCUGGCUGAAAACCGGAUCAAGAAAAUCUCUGGUUUUCCGAAAUUUGGGAAUGUUGCUAGGGUGAUAGUAAAUGUGCAAAAGGUAUCAUCAACCACGCCUGUUGUAAAAUUACUUCGCUUUCCCAACCCUUCAAAGGAGAGUGACAUAUUAACCAUUGAUGUCUGUGUAGAGACAGUUGGGAAGCCAGUGAAUUCCUUAAGCAUUGUUGGUGGAGAUCCACAGAAAUGGUUUGACAUCGUUCCGUCGAAUCUGCAAGGCAAUGCCUUCCAACUGCUCUCAACCAAGAGAAUUAACUGGUUUCAGUUUCCCUAUGGAUUAAAUAUUUCCCUUCAGGCUAAAGACAGGACUAACCCCUUGAAUGUUGCUCCUGUUACAGAUAUCCAUAUCCCUUUAACACAACAUCUCUCUUCACUAACAUUUCUGGAAGAUAGUUAUCAUGUAUUUCUGAGUGAGUUCUCCCCACCCAAAAACCAUGUGAUCAGAGUUGCUGUCCAAUCAGACUCCAUAAAUAAUGUAACAUUUCAGAUUAGAAAUGGCCCUGAUAGUUCACACUUUAAGAUAAACCCCAAAACAGGAAUAAUCAUUACAACAGAGAAGUUUGACUAUGAGAAAAAGGCCCGGUAUGAAUUUGAAGUGACGGCCAAUAAUGGUGAGGCUGAGACACAUGUACUUGUUGAUAUAAUUGAUGAAAACGACAACAGUCCCAAGUUUACCCAACCUUCCUAUCAAGCUUCACUACCAGAAAAUGUGCCCAUUGGUAGCAGUGUCCUAACAGUCUCAGCUAUGGAUGAUGAUAGAGACAAGAAUGGUUUUGUGACAUAUGCCAUCGUUAAGACGGGCCCCCUUCCUUUCACAAUAGAUCCUUUCACUGGGGUGAUAUCUACAUCUGAGAUGUUAGACUAUGAGCUGAUGAAGAGGUGGUACCACUUAAGAGUGUGGGCCUCCGACAGUGGCAUUCCUUUCUGCCAUGUUAGUGAGUGUGCUGUCACCAUUACCUUGAGCAACGUGAAUGAUAACGCACCUCUGUUUGAGCGGGUGGGAUGCAACGCCUCAGUACCUGUGGACAUGCCUGUUGGCAGCACCAUCGCAGAGUUAUCUGCUGUUGACUUAGAUGAACUUCAACAGCUUCGUUUUGUUAUCGAGUCUGGCAAUGAACUCCAACUCUUUGAUAUCAACUCUGUGUCUGGAGCCGUCACACUAGCCAAAGAGAUUCCCCUGGACUUACUGAAAACAGAGAGGCCCUCAUUCACACUAAAGGUCACUGCAACAGAUGGCAAACAUGAGUCUGACCCUUCUAUUGUAACCGUCACUGUCACCAAAAAGGGGACAGAGGCCACCAUAAACUGCCAGGAAACGGGGAUUUUCAAACAGUUGACAGAUAAACUCAUUGAAUCUCUCAAGCCAGUACUGACUGUUGAAGAGGUGGACUCCUUCUCCGAUGUUCACAUAAUAAACCGUCACUCUCCAAAAUUUGAUGCAGCUAUCCCAGGGUCUAUUGACAUCAGAGAAGACUUUCCAUUGAAUUCAACCAUCCUUCACUUCAACGCUAGCGACAAUGACACUGGAUUUAACAGUAAGCUCGUCUAUGUCAUUUCAAGUGGGAACGAAGAUGGAUGUUUCAGUAUUGAUACGUUCUCUGGAAAUCUCAAAGUGGUAUGUCCUUUAGACAGAGAAAGCAAAGAAUUCUACAUUUUGAACAUAACCGUCUAUGAUUUAGGAACACCCCAGACCUCAGCAUGGAAAUUCAUUGCAGUAAAUGUAUUGGAUGUCAAUGACAACGCACCCCUGUUUGACCAGCCUAGAUAUGUCCUACACAUCUCUGAGAACACUGAAGUGGGUACGCGCGUUUUUCAAGCAGUUGCUAAGGAUCUAGACGUUGAGGAGAACGGGAACAUCCUAUACUCCCUGCUGACGUCAUCGGAUUUGUUCAGUAUCGAUGAACUGACUGGGGAUGUAACUGUGAAUGGUCAUUUAGACAGAGAAGUCUCUCCCAGAUACAACAUGAAAAUCCAAGCCAGAGACCGGUCCAAAGCUGACCCUCAACUCUUUUCGAUGACUGAACUGGUGGUGGCAUUGGCUGACAUCAAUGACAACCCGCCCAAGUUUGUGCCUAAGCUCUACAAGAUAAAGGUCCCUGAAGAUAUACCUGUCGGGACAGUGUUGGUGUGGGUGGAAAGUUAUGACCUAGACCUGGGUAAUGGAAGCCAGAUCAGUUACAACCUGAAGGAUAGUGAGAAUGGAGCUUUUUUCCUAGAUGCAUCCACUGGAUUUCUGACCCUCGAGAAAGAGCUGGACUUUGAAAGAAGACAGUUCUUCAAUCUCACGGUCCGGGCCGUUGACUACGGACUCCCUCAGUCCCUGUCCUCCUCCUGCUAUGUAGAGAUUGAAGUUCUGGAUGUGAACGAGAACCUCUACCCGCCAUCCUUCUCCAUGUUCGUGUAUGAGGCCAGUGUGAUGGAGGAUGCAGAGGUGGGAACGUCUGUGCUGACUCUGACAGCAUCGGAUCGAGACCUGGGAAGGGAUGGGGUGGUCAGAUAUCACAUUCACGAUGGCUCUGGACUUGGGCUCUUUGCCAUCGAUGAGGAGACAGGGGUGGUUCGUACAUCUACGAUGCUGGACCGUGAGUCUGUCCCCCAUUAUUGGCUGUCUGUGUAUGCCCGGGACAUGGGCACAGAACCGUUGGUGUCGUGGACCCAUGUGUUCCUGGAGCUCCUUGACGUCAAUGACAAUGCCCCGGAAUUUUCCCAGCCCAUUUACUUCGCCUCCGUCCUGGAGAAUGUGUCCAAGGACAAGUCCGUGGUGAAGGUGUCGGCCACAGACAUGGAUUCCUCUUCUGAAGGGAAACUCACUUUUCAGAUGCUCGACCUACAGCGCACUUAUUUUAACAUUGACCCCAAGUCAGGUGUGAUCAGCACUGUAAAAGGAUUGGACCGAGAGGACAAAUCUGAACACAGUAUUGAGGUCAUAGUGUCAGACAACGGAUCUCCAGCCCUGUCCUCCACUGCCACUGUGGUCAUCCAGGUGCUGGACGAGAACGACAAUCGGCCCAAGUUCACCGACAAACUCUUCCAUGUCAAGCACGUUGAGCAGAGAGGCCAGGAUCACAAGCAGGAAGUGAGCAGGAUGAUUGCUCGAGAUGAUGACGAGGGCGUCAACGCUGAGGUCACAUACUCUCUUGAAAACGAUCGGGAUCAGAGGUUUGAGAUCCACCCCAGCACAGGCGUAGUGACAUCACAGGGGGACUUCCUGUCAGGCAACUACAGUAUCCUCACGAUAAAAGCAACAGACCACGGCAGUCCACCACGAUCUUCAACAGCACGCCUUGACAUUGAAUGGGUCACGAGGCCGACACCCAGCUCUGAAAUCUUGUCUUUCAGCGAACCACACUUUACCUUUGCUGUCAUGGAAACGGACUCUGUCAAUCACAUGGUGGGGUUCAUCACAACAGAGACACAGAGAUUGAGGUGGUUCCACAUUAUAGGAGGAAAUGAGGAGCAGGACUUUGACAUUCAGGUGAACGUGGGGACCAUAGUAAUUGCCAGGCGUUUGGAUGCAGGAAAACUCUCUAACUAUAAUCUGACGAUCAGUGUCACUGACGGCCACCAAACUGUCACCACACAGGCUUACAUCCGUGUCGUAGACACGAACGAGCACCGGCCCAUGUUCUUGAAAAGCCUGUAUGAGGUGAGAGUCCCAGAAGACACGUCUCCAUGGAAGGACAUCCUGCAAAUCAGCGCACAAGACAAAGACUCCAACAGCAAGCUGGUCUACUCCAUCCACAACAGUCUUCAUCCCGACAGUAUGAAGACUUUCCACCUGGACCCCAAAAGUGGAGUGCUGGUCAUGACUGAGGAGCUAGACUAUGAAAAACUGGCUGUGCACACACUCAUUGUAAUGGUUCGAGACCAGGAGCUGCCAAUGAAAAGGAGUGUUGUGAAGGCUGUCAUUCAUGUGGAGGACUGUAAUGACCACUCUCCAUCCUUCCUAAGCCCACAGUACAAGGGCAGCAUUUCAAACUUAGCAACACCUGGGACAGAGGUGCUGCAGGUUAAGGCGUUAGACGAAGACAUGGGCAGCAAUGCUGACAUCAGCUAUUCUAUUCACUCAGGAAAUGUUGACAGCACCUUUGCAAUAAAUUCUGAACUUGGCAGCAUCAGCUUGGCCAAACCUUUCCCCAUUUUACACCCAGAACAGUACCACCUGUUGGUGAGUGCCACAGACCAGGGUUUUCCACAACACAGUGACCUUGCCUCUGUCUAUGUCACUGUCAAGCUGUCCGCCUACACCCCACCUACCUUCCUCUCCAGCCAGUACUUCGCCGAGGUCAGCGAAUCCAGCUGCACAGGAAUGCCGGUGGUUACCGUCUCCGCCUCAAGCCCUGCUGCGCUGCAUUACGGAAUCAAAAAUGGAGAUCCUAAUGGGACAUUUCAUAUUAACGCCUACACCGGACUCGUUUCUCUCCAAAAAGAGCUCGAUUUCGAGGAUGAUUUCUUGUACGAGCUCCAUGUGCAAGCCGUGACAGCGGUUGGUGCCUUGUCUGAGACAGUUGUUUACAUAUAUGUGAUAGACCAGAACGAUAACGCGCCGGUUUUCCUUCAGAAGACGUAUGUGGGUCAGAUUAGCGAGUCAGCCAAUAUCAACAGUAUGGUGAUGGGAGAGAACAACACGCCUUUGGUCAUGCAGGCGUCUGAUGCAGACGCAGAUUCCAACGCUCUGCUGGUCUACCAGAUCCUUGAACCAGAGGCCUUGAAGGUGUUCAAGAUAGAUUCCAGCAUGGGCACACUCUCUCUGAUCGCACCAGUGGAUUUUGAGGCCAAGGCUCAAUAUAACUUUUCUGUUCAGAUACGGGACUCAGGACAACCUUCACUGUAUGCAGCAGAACCGGCCAAAGUCACCGUCCUUGUCCUUAAUCUCAAUGACUGUGCACCCAAAUUUACCGUCCCCGUAUACGAGUCGUCCAUCCUGUUUCCUCCUGUCAAAGAGAUGGAGGUUGUACAAGUCACAGCCACAGAUGCAGACUCUGUAGUCUCUUACAGCAUUGCAGAUGGGAAUAUCCAGAAUGCGUUUUUAAUCCAUCCUGACACUGGAAUCAUCUAUGUAUCUAAUGUGUCAGAGUUUAAACCAUUUUACCAACUGUUAGUCAGAGCCUCCGAUGGGCUGUACAAAGAGACGGCCAUCGUUAACAUAAAUGUGACCACUAUACCGAGUAGCGAUCUCGAAUUUGAACAGAAGUUAUAUACAACCAAUGUGACGGAGAACACAACAACUGCCAAAACCUUAGCAGUUCUGAAAGCCACAGGCAGCCAUCUGAAUGAGCCUUUAGUAUACUCUCUUCUAAACCCCAUGGGUAGAUUUACUAUAAGCCCUACAUCAGGACUGUUUGAAAGCACAGGUGUGCCCUUCGACAGAGAGGAGCAGGCUGUGUAUGAUGUGAUGGUGGAGGUCAGAGACAUGAGACACCCCCCUCGGAGGGCAUUGACUCAGGUCAAAGUUUACAUCGAUGACAUCAACGACAAUGCCCCCCAGUUUUUGAACCUGCCAUACUCCAUGAUGAUGUCGGAGGAGUCUGACCCAGGGGAUGUGUGGUUUCAAGUGACGGCGACCGAUAAGGAUCUUGGAGAAAACGGAUCUAUUAUGUACCUGCUGGAGGAGGACUUCAAUCUGUUCAGGAUAGACCCUUAUGUCGGCGAUGUGUCUCUAUCACGACCUCUUGACUUUGAGGCAUUGAAUAAAUAUGUGCUGACUGUUCUGGCUUCAGACGAGGGCUCUCCUAGUUGGACUACAACAGCAGAGCUCAGUAUCCAGGUGAGAAAUCGCUCCAAUCCAGUGUUUCAAACGCUUCUCUACCCUCUCAAAGUCCCUGAAAACAUUCCUCCCUUCACAACCAUCCUACAUGUACAAGCAAGAAACCCUGAGGGAUAUCGGCUUAUCUACAAUCUAGAAGAGGAGAAUGCAACCAAACACUUCCAUAUCGAUUUUAAAACCGGAGUUUUGACAGUAACAGAUCUCUUGGACUACGAGAGCCAGACAAUGCACACAUUGACUGUCAGGGCCACUGACUCAGUGACAGGAGCUUAUUCAGAGGCCUCCAUUGAAAUAGAGGUGGAAGACGUCAAUGAUAAUUCCCCUACUUUCUCUAAGCCGAUGUACAAAGUGGACAUACUAGAGGGGCUACCCGUUGGCACAUCUGUACUGCAGCUAACUGCCACAGACCGAGAUUCUGGAAGAAACAAAGAUUUUACCUACCAAAUUCUGAAAACUGAGGGGAAUGAAACUGACUUUUUUGAGAUAAACACCGUGAGUGGACUCAUUGUUACAAAACAAAUGUUGGAUCAUGAAAAUACCAAAUAUUUCCACAUUAAAGUUGUAGCCACUGACAAUGGGACCACCCCUCGGAGCAGUGAAGCCAAUGUCAUCGUGAACGUAACUGAUGUGAAUGACAACCCACCUAACUUCAGCAAAGAUUAUUAUCAGACUACUCUAGACGAGCUGGCUAAAUGUGGCCAAAUAGUCAUCAAAAUUCAAGCUUCAGAUGCUGACAGCAGAGACAGCAACAACCUGCAGUAUAAAAUCCUCUCAGGGAAUGAAGGCCGAUACUUCAACAUCAAUGACACUUCCGGGAUCAUCUCUUUCUCUAAUGUCUGCAAGAGAAAUCUAGAUCCCUUUUAUAACCUCACCGUGGCAGUAUCUGAUGGUGUGUUCCAGAAAAUCGCUCCUGUGACCAUAGAUAUGAUGAACACAAACAGACACAGCCCCUAUUUCAAACAGAACAUCUACGAAGCGGAGCUCGCAGAGAACGCGGCAUCAGGAACUCGUGUGAUUCGAUUGGCUGCCAUCGACCCUGACGACGGGCCCUACGGCAGCGUGGAUUACACCAUCAUCAACAAACUGGCUGAUGAGAAAUUCUCUAUUGACAGCGAUGGACAGAUAGUCACAUCUCAGCCCCUGGAUAGAGAGAAUCCUUCCCAGAGAGUGAUAGCCAUUAAAGUCAUGGCGAAAGACGGAGGGGGCAAAGUAGCCUUUUGUACCGUGAAGAUUAUUCUCACAGACGAAAACGACAAUGCCCCGCAGUUCAAAUCGUCUGAAUACCAAGUGUCUAUCCAGUCGUCAGUUAACAAGGGCACUCCUGUGAUUCAGAUCAUGGCUUACGAUGCCGACGACGGUAAAAACGCUGACGUCACCUACACCGUGGAUGAGGCUGAGGAGGUGACUGAAGAUAUCAUUGAAAUUCAUCCUUUCACUGGUGUGAUCACUGUAAAAGAAAGUCCGGUGGGAUUAGAAAACAAGAUCUUCAAAUUUAAAGUGAAGGCACGAGAUGGAGGAUUACCAUUUUUAAACUCUACAGUCCCUGUCCAGGUUAAAGUCCUUCCGCCAGAAGUCUCUCUACCCACAUUUUCGGAACCUCUCUACACCUUCUCUGCCUACGAGGACGUACCGAUGGGGACUGAGAUAGGCUCGGUCAAGGCUGACUCUGACAUGCCCCUCAUAUACAGCCUGGUCAAUGGCAACACUGUGGAAAGCAACAAAGACAAGGUCUUCACUCUGGACAAAGAGAGCGGCACUUUGCUAGUCCAGAAGAGCAUAGACCAUGAGAAGACCAAGUGGUACCAGAUAGAUGUUAUCGCCCAGGGAAAUCACAACGGAACAGAUGUAGCGUCGCUUGUGUCUGUGAGCAUCCAGGUGCAGGACGUGAACGACAACCAGCCAAUGUUCGAGGCUGACCCGUAUCAAGCCUAUCUGGCUGAAAACAUGCCACCUGGAACCACCGUCAUCCAGAUUACCGCCAACGACCCAGACACUGACGACAACGGUCAGGUGACUUACACUCUAGAGGCCCAGCCUGACGAUGUCACAGAUGUGUUCACCAUAGAUGACAAGAGCGGCUGGAUAGUGACCCUCCAGGAGAUGGACUGUGAAGUGGCGAGGCUCUACAGGUUCCAUGUGGUUGCUACGGACCACGGCGGGGAGGCCAAGCUUUCGUCCUCGGCUUUAGUGGAGGUGAUUGUGACGGAUGAAAAUGACAACCCUCCACGCUUCCUCGAGGACGUGUAUCACACCUCUGUCAUGGAGAACCUCAGUCCCGGAGAGGUCAUCGUGACCAUGGCGACCACUGACAUGGAUGUGUCACCCGAGAACAGGUUGAUCCAAUGUUAUAUAACAGACGGAGACCCGUUGGGCCAGUUUUCCAUUGAGGAUGUUGGAGAAGAAAAAUGGGGGCUGAUUCUAAAGGAACCUCUGGACCGUGAAGCCAAAAACAAAUACUCCCUAAAGAUAACUGCUACAGAUGGAAGAUUUCAAGGCCAGACCACAGUUGAAGUCCAUGUUUUAGAUAUCAAUGACAAUAGCCCCUUGUGUGAACAGCUGUUGUAUACAGAGGUCGUCAUGGAGAAUUCUCCAUCCAGUAUGUUCAUACUAAAGAUUUCUGCCUCGGAUCCAGACAUUGGCACCAAUGGUCAAGUAUCUUACACCCUCCAUGGGCCCAAUGCCGACAAGUUCCAUCUUAAUCACAAGACAGGAGAGCUGUUCACCUUGGCAGUGCUUGACCGGGAGAAGGAGGGGGAGUAUGAUUUGGUAGCCAAAGCUACAGAUGGCGGAGGGCGAUCCUGCCAGGCCGACAUUCUGUUGAUGAUCCAGGAUAUGAACGACAAUGCCCCCCUCUUCUCGUCCAGUCACUACCAAGUCACCGUGUUUGACAACACCACAGUCAGGACUCCUGUGGCCGUCAUCUUCGCUAAUGACCCUGACACUGGUAUCAACUCUGAAGUGAAGUACUCACUCAUGGAUGGUGACAGGGGAUACUUUUCCAUAGACGAGUUUUCCGGGGUUUUACGACUGGAGAAUCCCUUUACCUCCGACACUCCCCCGACCCUUGAACUCAAAGUCAAAGCAACUGACCGUGGGCUCCCUCGACACUUGUACUCUGUUGCAACCGUGACCGUCUAUGUGGUGGACCUUAGUGACUACCAGCCGGUGUUCAUCAGCUCUGAAUACACCGCCCAGGUCCCAGAGUCCUUUCUGGUGGGAGCAGAGGUGCUGACUGUUUCAGCGCUCACCAGAGAUGGGACCGGUCCGGAAGGCAUCGUCUACUCCAUCGCCGCUGGCAACGAGGACAGCAGGUUCACGCUGCAUCCAGACACCGGCAUUCUGACGGUGAGUCAGCCACUUGACUUUGAGCGGUGUCAUGAGUACUACCUGUCUGUGGAAGGUACCAGAGCCAAGUCGUCUCUGACUGACAUGACUAUGGUAGUCAUAAACAUCACAGACGUUAACGACAACGCCCCGGUCUUCGACAAGGGAGACUACAACGUCGAGAUUGCUGAGGAUCUUAUUCCUGGGAGCCUGGUCAUGAAGGUGACCGCUGGGGACCUGGAUGGGCCGUUGAACAACCUGGUCCACUACUCUGUUGCUAGUGGCGACCCACUGCAGCAGUUUAACAUUGAUUCACGCAGUGGGGAGAUCACUGUCAGGACUGCGCUGGACAGGGAAGAGAACACCCACUACUCUUUGACUGUCCAAGCAGCUGAUGAGGGCAGCCCUCCACUGUCCACAGCGGUGCAGGUUACCGUGACGAUAUCAGACGUCAAUGACAACCCUCCUGUCUUUACACAGAUCAACCACAGUCUAAUCAUUCAGGAGGGUGAAGCGCUGGGCAGCACCAUCCUCCAGCUGCUGGUGACAGACAGGGACACAGCCAGGAACGGGCCGCCCUUCUCCUUCCACGUCGUGUCAGGCAACGAAGACCGCCAUUUCCAUGUGGACCAAGGUGGUCUGCUGUCUCUCUCCGGCCCCGUCAAGAGGAAAGUGAAGCCACAGCACCUGCUUAAAAUCCAGGUAACAGACAGUGGUCACCCUCCUCUUUCCUCGAUCUGCGUGGUGAAGAUCAACGUGACAGAGGAGACCAAGUACCCCCCCUCUGUGGUUCCUCUGGAAGUAUUCAUUACCACUACAGGAAACAUCUUCUCCAACCGUGUCGUUGGCAAACUCCACGCUUCGGACCAAGACCUCCACGACAUUCUCUACUACAAGCUGGUGUCAGAGAUUCCGUCCCACACAUUCUCUGUGGAUGCAGCGGAUGGUAGGAUCUGGGCAGACAGCGAUCUGGAACCAGGCCUUUACUCUCUCAACGUCAGCGUGUCGGAUGGGAAGUUCAGUGUGUGGACAGCUGUUAAAAUCCAUGUGUGGGCAGCCAAUCAGAAAGCCCUGGACUCGGGGGUGACCCUGCAGCUGAGCGGGCUGUCUCCUGAGGAGUUCGUAGCGGACCACUGGAAAGGCCUGCAGAGGACCCUGAGUACAGCUCUGGGUUUAGACCGACAGGACCUGUACUUGGCCAGCCUCCAGCAGCCCAACUCACUUGUCCUUGAAGCGCUUCUCCUCUGGAGGCCACAAGGAGGCGCUGUGAAGCCACUUUCCACCUCCAGGCUGGCUGGGGUCAUCUCAGACAUAGAAGAUACUUUGGGCCUGAGUGUUGUGAGAGUGAGUUAUAAUGGUUGCCUGGGGUCUGGAUGUCCUCCGAAGGGCUGUAGAAACUCAGUAGUGCUGAGUGGAUUGAACCACUAUGCUACAUCCAGGGCUGGCUUCAUCACCCCCCAGCAUACCUGGGAGAGUGUCUGCCCUUGCAAUGAAUCUGCUGUUGGAUUUGAUGGGAAGGGCUAUCUAAAGUACCUCCAUCAGAUGGAUGAGGAGAACCAGGGCUUCCAUCUUUCCUUGCGCUUUAAGACUCAUCAGCCACAAGGUGUCAUCUGGACCACCAACAGCACCGACUGGGGAACUCUGAAGCUAACUGCUGGGGAGUUGGCAUUCAGGUACAGCUGUGGAAACGUCCUCCCCAGUACCUUACAUGUAAGAUCUGACCCAGUAUCAGAUGGUCUCUGGCACCACAUUCUCCUGGAGGUCAACGCCACUGCCCUCAGACUGACCCUAGAUCAGCACCACACGGCCUCUGUGGCGCUCUCAGAGUCCUGUCGCAUGAUACAGCCUCAUGGGGCAUUGCUGUUUGCUGGGCCCACCUCUUUUAAAGGGGCUCAUCUGCAUGGCUUUACCGGAUGCCUGGAUAGGCUGGAGUUUAAUGGAGAGCCAGUCAGAACAGGCGAUUUUGAGGAGUGGACUGGACCACGAAGCAGGAGGGUUUUUGGGGUGUACAACUGCUGUGGCAUGAUGCAGGGAUGUGCCAACAGCCCUUGUCUGAAUGCAGGCACAUGUGAGGACUCAAAUGGAGAGCUGAGCUGUAGAUGUCCGGCACAAUUCUUUGGCCCCCGCUGUGAGCUGACCAACAACCCUUGUCUGACCCAACCUUGUGUUAAUGGGGGUGUGUGCAUUCCUCAAAAUCAGGGUUUCAUCUGCAAGUGUUCACUCCAAACGGCUGGAAGCAGGUGUCAGGACUCGGUAGAUGCCUGUUCAUCCAAUCCAUGCCCUGGAGGCUACGACUGUAAGAUCUCGGGUGGCUCUAUCUACUGUGACCCUCUGCAUCAGGUUUCCCCUAUCCUGGGCAGCGUGGAGAUCAUGAUCAUCGAGAUCUCUGCUAGCCUGCUGGGGGUGCUCCUGCUGGUUGGGGCCUUCGUCUGCAUACGCAAACGUUACGUACAGAAAAAGAAGAAGAAGCCUGUGUGCGUCCAGGACUCUAACGGGUAUUUUGCAUCAAAUGUGGCAAAGAGCAUCAUGGUCGACAACCAGGAAGGCCAUUUAGAGAUGUGCACCCUGAUGGGUUCCAGGACCGACCUGGGCAACAGUCCCUUCCGCUCCCUCAGGCCCCGCAGUCAGGUGAUGGACCUGGGCUCUCAGGAUGGGGUCUACAGUCCCAAGACACAGGGGCCUGUGGUGUGCAGCGUGGCUCCUCACUUCCCCGCUCGCCCACCUUCCAACUCCGACAACGAGUCUGUUAUGAAACACAACUGGAACGCUGACUAUGAAGUAUAUCCAGCUGAUCCAGACUACUAUGGCCGGCCGACAGCACAGGAUUUCCCUCAGUUUGACAUCGUGGAGGAUUCCUACCCUCCAGUGAACACCAUAGACUCACGUAGGAACUCUCGUUUUGGGGGAUUUCCGUUUCCUCUUGACCGUUGUGAUCGUCGCGCUCCCUUGCCUCCCUGUUACAGCAAUCAGAACCUGGAUGAUUUCCUUGGGCCCGAUGGCCUGCCCCUCCCUAGCUCCCAGUGCCCUAACGAGUACACAGCCAUCAGUUACUACCCUACGCAGCAUGCACGCAGCAUGGAUAAUGUUUCCAGUGGUUACCGGAGACUCAGUAUGCGACUGAGCAUUGCCCAGCCUUCCUAUGAUGACGGCACUAACCCCACACCUGCACAGACAAGACCAGCAACACUGAACCCUCACAGCUUCAAUAGUUCGGACAUGGUUGAGAGUGACUAUGGGAGCUGUGAAGAGGUCAUGUUCUAGAGUCUAGACUGAAUAAAGGACAUUUGCACAGCCAACAGUUAAGAGCCUGUCAUAUAUCUUUAAUGAGGGAAUAAUUAACAGGCUUAUAAGGGUGUGUUAUAUUAUACAUCAAUCUUUUACAUGUGCCCAUGAUGACCUUCAUAAAAAUGUCCAUCUAAAACUAGUUCUCAAAGCGUUUUAGAGAUUGGCAGUUACAUUCAAGAUUUAGUUUUAUUAAAGAUGUCCUAAGAAUGGAUCAGUGGAGUUAUCCUGUCUAUAGUGUUGUAUAAUUCAGUUGUUUUAAUGUUACAGGAUAAUAUAUAUGAAAAUGAAGGGAACUAGAUCACAUUAAGAAGAAUGGCAUAAGUCAAUGAUUGUAUAGAAAAUGUAUUCUCGAUGAAGCCAAUUAGGUUUAUCUUUGUACAGUAUAUUAGAUUUAUAAGUGAUGUUGUCAAUGCUGUAAUUAAUAGUGUGUGAAUAUCUUUCAUCUGAAAGAAGUUGUUUCGUAAAGGUACUCAAUGGUAUGUAAUGUGUGUGCUGCUGCUUGUAUGAUUGUGCGCAAUUUUUUUUAAUCUUUAAAUGUUUUGUGCUGGCUCAGUUUCUUCCUUGUGAGAGUUUCUGUGUUGUAAGUACAGUGUGUAUGACAUCAUAUGAGUUCACGUGAAUUUCAGAUGUAUUUUUGUAAUGUCAGUAAAUACCCAUAUUGUGGUUGUCUUUGUGAGAAUGUUAUACAGUUGUUUAAUAUCUUAUAUUAGUAACCAACUGGGUAAAAAGUUGAUUUUUAGCCACUUGAGGAAUGGGCCGCAAUACCCCUCCAUCAAUUGAGGAAUUUACCAGAACAAUUUCAUCUAGCUCACACUAUUCAGUGGAAAAUUCUGAAAUACAUUUCCAUAGUAGAUGUUU